AAUAAUAUUCCGGUUCUCGACGCGAAUCGUUGGAGUUUGAUAUAUAAACUUAACAUCUAACCGAAUUAUUAGUUACUGUCACGACACGCGAUACGUGUCCUCUGUAAAUAUGCCAUGUCGAGAGGUGAGGAUACCAAACACAUAUAAGAUACACAAGUAUCACACGUCGGAAUCACUGUACGAUCGAGUGUUAGCGUGCCAGCGUCUCGUCUUCGCCAGCGUCUGUCCAGAUCAUUCCGCCUCGCUCGAUUCAGUUGCGAUAACGCUUAUUUGCAUGUCAUAGAGCUGUUCGUGAAACGAAAGGCCUGAUAUAUUACGGAUAAAUUGUGCUACACACAAGUUGGACAGAUAAAUCAGAGAAUUCGCAGAGACACAUAUCGAUGCGACUGUAGCAGAAAUAAUUGAACAUUAUCCGGCGCAGUUUGCAACACGCCGCGAAUACUCCGUCAGGAAAAUGGAAUCGACGAACGCUGAGAUAAGUCUGCAACAGCGUGCGGAUAAACUCGAUAGUUCAUCCGAAAGUCCCCCGUCACCCUGGGAAACUUCAUCUUCGAUAGCCGAUUCGUCUUUUGUGACUCUGGAGUGUGAUAACUGCACUUCUACCUGCUCGUAUUGCGAUUUUGGAACGUUCGCAGAUAUAAGAGGAGCUUUUUAUUUUGAGGAUAAUUGUCAAGCGAGAAAAAACCCGUAUUACAUACCAAGAAAAAAAAGGAACCAACCGAUAUCACUGACGUCCCUCAUUUUACAUGAAGACGCAAAGUCGCCUAAAACGAACGAAGUCUCGAAGAAGACCGCAGCGAAAUCCAAAACAGACAAACUCUUUAAGAAUUACUGCCCGUAUUCCUCCGAUAAUUGCGGCUGCAGUUCGGGUUGCACGGAUUGCGACUAUGGACUCUAUUCGUACACAGUUAAGAACAAGAGCAAGUUGAAAAAUAACGUCAAGAAACUGUACGUGAGAGCGUCGAGUGGCUUCAGGCCAUUGAAAACGUCUGACAGAUGUCAACUAACUACGAAAUCGUUUGACACUACGAACAUUUUGGAGAAGGAAAAAGCGAAAUCCCCUAAAAAAAAAACCUCGGACAGCUGCUAUCCCGAAUCUUCCAGCAAUUGUGAUUACAAGCCGGACUACGUAAAACGUGAUUUCGAACUGUGUGCAACUGAGGGUCGAAUAAUGAAACCCAAGAAGAAAACAUCGGUAAAAAUUUCAAGAAAACAAAACUCAACGAGAACUCUGAGAACUCCGAAACUACUCAGGAAUAAAAGAGUCUCGAAGAAGAAGGCGACCAAAGUUUCUGAAAUAAACCUCAAACAAAACUGGUUUCCCGAUUCGCCUAAUAGUGGUGACUACAAUUCAACUUGUACGGAUGGCGGAAAGGACCGGGUUGUUACAAAGAGAAAAAAGUUAAAAAACAAAUAUGAAAGAGCGAGAGCCUCCACGAAUUCGAGAAUGCCAGAAUUGUCUUCAGUAAUCGAUGGAGCGGUUACGAAUGGAAAGGAUUCGAAACAAACAGCAGAAACAUUUUCUAAAAGACGUUCACCACGGUACCCGAGCGACUAUUCUGAAAAUGAUCCCCACUUCUCUGGUGAAGAUUGAUGUAAUAACAAGUGCGGAAAUAUCAAUCAUAUCGCACCAGAAAUUGAAGAACUUGCAGAAAUUCGAAAUUUAUUAAUUUGAUUAGCAUGCCAUUUAAAAUUCCGAUAAAAUCGAGCCGAUAAAACUUUUAUCGGAAUUUUAAAUUUCAUGCUAGCCGUCAUCAAAUUAAAAAACCACAAAUUAUUUAUAUUUCCAUAAACGACUGAAACAUUACGAAUGCCCCGUAAGAAGUUGAUAGGGAAAAGUCCUCUCUGAGGUAGGUUUCUGAUAUGAGAUUGAUAUAAUAGCAGGUUGUCAAAAUCGAAAUUCAACUGUGAAUCUUUUUUUGCAAUGAUUACACAAUCUAACAAUGAAUUUUCCAUCUAAACAGACCAAGGGCAAAAAAUUCAGAAUGGCACCAAUUGGUCGACGCUUGUUAAUUACCAGAAACCUCGUUGUCUCAUUAGGAAGCUUCCCUCUAUUAAUUAAUGACAUGUAAUGUCACACGCGAACAAGAUAUGUUAAAAUAAAGCACUACAUUAAUAUCGUUACAUAUAUUAUGUAUAUUAAGUUGUAUGUAUAAUAUA